AUUGCGUAUGGAUAUUUUUUCCCUCGGCCUACGGAUUCCUGCCCAAAUUCGUUUCUCUUCUCGUCGGCGUUCCCUUUCCCAAUCCCAAACCCUAGCCUUUGAUCCUCCCCCGUUCCAUGGAGUUCGCCGCGAUUAGGACUAGGGUUUCUCUCCCUCUUCGCACACGGUAGCGAGCGGCUCUGCGCCCUUGACCUUGCCAUGGAUGGCUCGGCGGACGACCCCAGCGCCCCUGACUCGUGGGAGAUGGCGGAUCUCGACGCUAGCAUGAGCCGGCUCCUCCUCUCCACUAAAAAGAACUCAGACUCGUCGAGUUCUCCGCUUGACGCUGAGGAGGACGAGGUGGAGGCGGUUGCAGCACUGCCGCUUGCCUCGCUUGACCCUUCCGAUCAAGUUCGAGGUGCCCCGGCGGAUGCUGUGAGCCAGGUGGAUCAGUUCCUUCGAGAAGCUUUGGAGAAGCCCAGAGAGCGAUUGGCGAUUUUGAGGAUGGAACAAGAUGUUGAGAAGUUCCUCCGCGAUCCUACUCAGCAGCAACUGGAAUUUCAGGAACUCCCAAACUCUUACCUAAGAUUAGCAGCACACCGUGUUGCUCAACAUUAUUACCUGCAAUCCAUUGCCAGACCUGACAAUAGCAUGCCAGAUGGAUCUGGUUCUCGAAUUUUGCUUUGUAAAUCUUCUAUCAACUGCAGGCUACCUCCUGUUCGUCUUGCUGAUAUUCCUGUCAAUCUGCCACAAGAAGAUAAUGAUGUCCUGCUUAAAGUUGCAAUCAAGCAAAGGCCUAAGAAGCAUUCACAAAAUAUGAGAAAUGCAAAUACCCAGUUGUCUAGGACUAAUUACCAAAAAAGUGUUGAAGAAAGAAAAGAAGAUUAUAACCGAGCACGUGCACGGAUAUUCAAUAGCAACGAGAGCAUCAGUCAAGAGGACAAAGUAAAGUUACCAGAUAAUCUUCAUGACAGCUUUUUAUCUGUAAGGCCAGAUAAAUUAUCUGUGACUGAAGGAUCUGGGAAUUAUCUGGGAAGGAGUUCUAAUGAUUCCACUUCAAGUAGCAGCAGAGUAAGCAGGACUAAGGUAGAGAAAGAGCCUGUUGUUAGUAAACCAAAGGUGAACAAUAAAGUUGCCAUAUUCCGUGAUCGUGAUGUGGAUAGUAGGGAUCCUGACUAUGCUAGGAAUUAUGACAGGUAUAUGCAAAGGUUUGACCCUGGUUUUGGAUUCAAUGGACCGUAUACUGUCCGACCACUGUAUGCCCCUGCCGUUAACUACAAUACAGAAUUCCCACAACUAGGAUCUGGUCACCUAGCACAAGCUCCUCCGGACCACCAAGUCCGGCUCAUCCCUUCACAUCUACUUGGACCUCAGGUAUCACCUGCAGUGCAUAGUAUGGUAAAGUAUGGUCCUCCCGAAGGCAUGAUGCCAGCCUAUACUUCCAACCAUGUUCGAGGUCACUCUACUGCACCUCUCUACAUGAACUCAUCACAAUAUUCUGUGCCUUCACAUCCCGGAAUGUCUUUCCCUCAUGGUAAUGGCCCUGUUCAAACAUUCACUCAGGCUCAUCUGCAGCAACCUGACUCAAGGUUUGGAUUGGCUCGGCCCCGAUAAGGGGCCAGGGCAUGCCUGCGCCUGCCAGCACAAUCUGAGUUUGAUAAUAUGAUGACACAAACUGGCAGGAGAAUCACAGGCAAACUGAACUGAGGCAGCUGCAGGAUUUGGAGGGGUUAGUUCAUGUCGAAUUGAACUCAAAACUCCAGCUCCUAGCUUCCUCGGAUUUCCUAUGCUCCUGGCACAUCUGAUUCUUUUGCAACUAGUUUCCAGUGCUCUGGAUAAUCGUGCAGGCUGGCUACUGAAAAAUGAUUUCUUAUGCUGUUACUGCAACAUGAGAAGCGUACAAGUUACGGUCGAAAUGUAAUAUACUCACUUAGGACUGAUCACUUCACUAGAACAGUUCAUUCUCCCCCGUCCUAAAUGCCUGCUUGACUUGUGUAUAAUUUCCACCGCAGGAACACAUGCCCCAAUGCUUCUCAACGCGAUAACAAUAAUACUUGGUGGAAGAAAUGCCUUGCCUUUCUGUAGGGCCUCGAGUCGCUGCAACUCUAAUCCUCCCAUCAAGAGAUGGCUUGUUAAGCUUUUUGGGCUUACUUGGAUUUAACGACGUGAAUAAGUUCAUCAUACUCCAUGUUUUCAUCGUCAGUGAUAUACAACGUAGUUGUCUAACAAACAUUUUAGUUACCUAGAUGGAUUUUAUAGUUUGAUGUUUAUGAGAUAAUCAUUUCCUGUUCA